AUGUACGACGGAUUGCCUGAAGACGAGAUCCCUGACGUGUAUGAAUUCAUUGAAAAUGUAGAGUUUCUUGAGCGCUAUUGUCCGGGUGGCUACCAUCCGAUCCACAUUGGCGAACGCCUCAUCGAUCGAUAUCAAAUUUCCGCCGUCAAGAUCGGAGUAGCAGAUGCGGAAUAUCAAGACGAAAGUAACAUUUGGAGACUCCUUACUGGUACUGACUCCGAUCUAGCCGUCUGUCCAGCUCAAGCUCUUAUACCAAAACUUCUGGAUGAGUUCGAUGUCCAAGGUCCAAAUGGAACCCACCGAUGUCUUGUCAUUACGCCUGCACGUACGAGCAUAUCUGAUACACGAGAUGCUUCAUCCAAACAACUGUUUCAACCCUCAGUAGCGAGGGCGAUUGCGGCUCAGCUCAUCCAAGCUGUUGUUUUUCUACAUUCACGGGAUGUCGUCCAUGCAGACCUUCAUGAAGGAAACGUCUUACUACGAAUGGUGAAGCCGAUUGAUGGUUUGGCACCUGACGAAUUGUAUGAAAAAUACGGUUAUCCCGAAGAAGAGAAAAUCGAGAGAGCAGAUGAACAGCCUUUAGACGAAGGCGUUCCAACGUACGCUGUCAAAUCCAUUUGGCCUGGAGCAAAGUGUGAGGAAAUCGGUCUGGAUGAAUCAAGCAUACUCCUCAGCGACUUCGGAGAGUCGUUCCUAGCGUCUUCCACUGUACGAUCCCAGUCGCAUACGCCUCUUAUAAUACGUCCCCCAGAACAAUUACUCGAGCCAUCAGAACCGUUUUCAUUCCCCGCGGAUAUUUGGGCACUUGCUUGCACUAUAUUCUCUAUUCUCGGCCAACGGGCGCUUUUCGAGACAUAUUUUCCUGACGGCGAUCGGAUUUUGAAAGAACAUGUCAGGACAUUAGGUCGACCACCUAUCGAUUGGUGCACGAGGUGGCGUCGUCGUCAUGACUUCUUGACGGAAGAGGGCCUCGAGCGAACGUAUGGCGAACCAGUCCGGGACUUGGAGGCACGUGUACAGGAUUCGAUUUAUGGGCCACGAAAAAUGAAUGGAAUGGAUGAAGCAGAGGAGCUAGAGAAGUUAGAGAAGGCUGCCCUCAUUGCCCUUCUCAGAUCUAUGCUUUCAUUCCGGCCGGAAGAUAGACCCACUGCGAGACAAGUAGCGGAGUCGGAAUGGAUGAUCAAAUGGGCAUUACCUGAACUUCGUAAAAAGGAGGGGAUGUCUGCUGCUGAGGUGGCGGGCGUUACUGGAAUUCUGGGCGCUCUUGCGGUGCAAGACGCUCUUGAAGUACCCGGUAUUUCUGACGUGCCUGAAGCUGCGGAUGUGUUAGGGACUGGAUCUGUAAUUGGAGGCGGUUAUAAAUCGAGUGACAAGUAA